AUGAAUCCAACAGCCACAACGGCAGCCACACUUUCUUUCGACUUUUCGGCUUCCAGUAGCCAACCGGAAGCCAACGAUCAUCUACAGCGGUUGGCUGCCAUGACUCAAGGUGUUGGAAAGGAUGAUUCUGAUCAUUCAGUCGCUCCAUCAACUGAUGCUUUAUACUCAGCUGGAGCCGCAGCCUAUAUGCCCGGAUAUGCUGGUUGGCCAAAUUACUACCAGCAAUUUGGUCAACCAGCUUUAGCCCCUGCAGCAUUUCCUCCUUGGCCAACACAAUGCUACGCAACUCCACACUGGCCCAAUUACGCGGCUUCGAAGAAGGGUCGACAAACCUAUCAGCGAUACCAGACGUCAGUGUUAGAGCAGAAGUUCCAGCAGUCAAGUUAUGUGUCGAAGAAACAGCGAGAGGAGCUACGUCUUCAAACUAACUUAACGGAUCGACAAAUCAAAAUUUGGUUUCAAAAUAGAAGAAUGAAAGCCAAGAAAGAGAAGCAACGGAUCGAUGAUCAUGUAGAUAGUCACUCAACCCCUUUAUUGGCUCCUAACCCACCAUCUAAGAAUUCCGGUGGUGGUUCGGCUCCCGGAUCACAAUCAGGAAUGCUUGUAGAUGAUGACAGCACACACAAAAAAUGGUUAGAAUCUUCUGUUGUAGCUAGUUCAGCACCCCCACCUUCCGCAGUAUGGCCUGGUUUACCCCAUCCCACAGCGAGCAUGUUGGGCCUACAGGGACAAGGCCAACAAGCUCCUGGUCAGCCACAAAACCAACACACAUAUUAUUGUCCGCCAUAA